AUGAAGAUGACAAAGAACAUGUCACUUCAACUCCCCAAAUAGUGGUCCUCUCUUAAUUGAGAGUUUCACCACUCACCUCCUUCCCUUGCCCUACACCACAUCCUUCACUCUUCUCUCUCCUCUAUCCUUUGCCCUCCAAAAACCAGACUCUUCCCCCAGAAAACUGAACAAUCCAGCAUGCUUUAAUCCAUUACCAUUUCCACUCCUGGGUUUACCAAACAUCGCUGCACCAUGUCAACUGGAUCAGCUGCCUGGACCAAAGAAGAAGAUAAAGCAUUUGAAAAUGCCAUAGCUACGCAUUGGGAUGCUCCAGAAUUGGAAGGGAAGGAGUCUGAAGAGAUGUGGGAAAAGAUUGCUUCAAUGCUUCCAACCAAGAACAUGGAAGACUUGAAACAACACUACCAAAUGCUGGUUGAAGAUGUCGGUGCCAUUGAGGCCGGCCAAGUUCCCAUUCCAAAUUAUGCUUCUGUUGGAGAAGAAACAACUAAUGCUUCUACUAAGGACAAGGAUCGUCAUCUUCAUCCUCAUGGGGCCACUGGCUCUGAUACUAAUAAAAGACCCAAUUCAGGUUUUGGAAGUGGGUUUUCUGGGCUCUCCCACGACUCGUCUUCCCAUGCCACAAAGGGCGGAUCCAGGUCCGAACAAGAAAGAAGGAAAGGGAUCCCAUGGACGGAGGAAGAACACAGGUUAUUUCUACUGGGUCUAGACAAGUUUGGGAAAGGGGAUUGGAGAAGCAUUUCAAGAAACUUUGUUAUAUCCAGGACACCGACACAAGUGGCAAGUCAUGCACAGAAAUAUUUCAUUCGAUUGAACUCAAUGAACAGAGAUAGAAGAAGAUCAAGCAUUCAUGACAUUACCUCAGUUAAUAACGGUGGUGGCGACGUCAUGGCCCAUCAAGCUCCGAUCACCGGCCACCAGACGAACGGCAUGAACCAGAAUAAUCCACCGGCUUUGGGGCCACCAGGGAAGCACCGCCCUCAGCAACAUCUGCCCGGAAUAGGGAUGUACGGGGCACCAGUUGGGCAUCCAGUAGCGACUCCUCCGGGGCACAUGGCAUCGGCAGUUGGCACUCCGGUGAUGCUUCCUCAUGGGAUCCAUCCCCAUCCUCCUUAUGUAAUGCCAGUAGCUUAUCCAAUGGCUCCUCCACCAAUGCACCAAUGACAAUUCUUUUUUCCAUCUUUCCUUUCUGUAGUUAGAUUUUUGUAUUCAUGGAUCAAAAUAAGAAAGUUGAGGCAUAACAAAGAAGAACAAAGGGAAAGUUCACUACUUUUCAACUUUUACCUUCACUAUGAUCCAUCCCCAACCAUGUUGUGGAGAGAAUACAACAGUAUAGAGAUUUGAGAAA